UACAGCAAAGUGAGUUGAAAAAAUAAAGUGAAACGUGUACAAAACCAGUGCAAAAAAGAACUAUAAGAGUAAUGAAAAAAUGCCAAAAUCAUGUAUAGCCCGGACAGGACGCUGACCCAUAUCGCGUAGAAGUGCAAACAUUUACGUUGCGCGUGAGUGUGUGCGUGUGUGAGACUGUCAGGUGGAGAUGAGGCGGGGGGCGUCUGUGCCCCCGCGCCUCUUAUCAGGAGAUAAGGCGCCGUGGCCCCCAAGCUGCACCGUCUCGACAAACGUGGUCGACUCAUCAGCGUGACCAGGUCGCUUGGCUUAAAGCGGCCGCCGCCCGCCAUGUUGCAUACACUGAACGCACUCGCCGGCAAAAUAUCCCCGGGCGGCGGCCUAGACACAAAUGCGAAUCGACACACGCAGCCGAACAAGAACCACAAGACAUCGCCAUCGUCGCCCUACAGCAAACCCAAUGGGAUGAACAUGAACAUCAACAACAACAACACCAGCAUAAACAACAACAACAAUGACGAGAAGCCGGAGAUGCCCGACCCUGACUACAUCAAGAUGUUCGUCGGUCAAGUGCCCCGUAGCAUGGACGAAAACGACCUCCGGCUGAUGUUCGAAGAGUUUGGUAGGGUGCACCAGAUCAACGUGCUACGGGACAAGAUCACUGGGGCCAGCAAAGGCUGCUGUUUUGUGACGUUUUUCACCCGCAAAGCGGCGUUGAAAGCCCAAGACGCUUUGCAUAAUAUCAAAACAUUGACUGGGAUGCACCACCCUAUUCAGAUGAAGCCGGCUGACAGUGAAAACAGAAACGAACGCAAGCUAUUCGUUGGCAUGUUAAACAAGAAAUUAUCUGAGAACGACGUGAGAGCGCUGUUCGCGGGGCACGGCGCCAUCGAAGAGUGCACCGUGCUGCGAGACGCUCAGGGCCAAAGCAAGGGCUGCGCCUUCGUCACCUUCGUUUCCAAGCAGGCUGCUAUUGCUGCUAUUAAGGCGUUACACCACAGUCAGACAAUGGAGGGCUGUUCAGCACCGCUGGUCGUGAAAUUUGCUGAUACACAAAAGGAGAAGGAACAAAAGAAGCUCCAAGCGAUGCAGGCGAGCCUGUGGGGGCUAACAGCGCCGAUAGCGCCGGCGACGUACCUCGCGUCGGAGGCUGCGCUCUCGCCGGCGACGCAGCUGCAACUGCUGCAGCAACUGCAGGCGGUCGGCUUGCAGCAGCAACUGUUGCAAGGACAGGGCUCCACACUCUUACAAGGUGUUAACUAUCAGGAUAUCGGUUUCAAUGGUGCAGGCCUGAGCGGGAGCACCGGCGUGGGGUCUUUAGGUGGGGGGGCAGCGGACCAGCUCGGGGGCCUAUUAGCCCCCGUGUCGGUACAGAACCUGGCCGCGCUGGCGGCCAUGACGCAGCCCCCGGUCGUGACGCAGGCGGCGCAGAUACAGCCCGCCGCCGCGCCGCAACCCGCUGCGCCACCAUUGUGUCUUCUCGGGAAGACUAACAUCACAGGGUCCACAGCUGAGCCCUUGGGCUCGGCGUACGCGGCGCAGUUCGGCACGGCUUUCGCCGCGGCCCCUCUGGGCUCUGUGCUAGGUUCCGCAGCUGCCGCGGCCGCCGGAAAGCAGGUUGAAGGUACGGGUAAUCUUUAUUUUGCUGGUCCGGAGGGCGGCAACCUGUUCAUCUACCACCUGCCUCAGGAGUUCACGGACACGGACCUCGCGUCCACGUUCCUGCCGUUCGGCCACGUGAUAUCGGCCAAAGUGUUCAUAGACAAACAGACGAACCUGUCAAAGUGCUUCGGUUUUGUCUCGUACGACAACGCCGCCUCCGCGCAGGCCGCCAUCCAAGCCAUGAACGGGUUCCAAAUAGGUACAAAGAGACUCAAAGUUCAAUUGAAACGUUCUAAAGAACUAUCGAGACCGUAUUAAAUAUUCCAGAACUGGUUCCUAGUGAAUUUACAAAAAAAAAGAGUAAAAACAAACUUUGCAAAGAGGUUGUAAGAUUCCGAACGUUUGUUGUGAUGUAUCCGGUGCACUUGUACUGACGUAGUUUGGUAAGGUACGUUCGUAACGGUCGAGUCCACGUGCACAGUUGUUAACUAAAUAAGAAUAAGGUUAAGGUUUGUGUCAAAGGAUUUAUCGUUUCCAAAGUAUUCCCCAAAUUGUUUAUUAUUAUAAUUAUUUUUUUCUUAACAUUUAAGUUUUAGUCACAUUAAGCAUAAGUUGAAGGGUCGAUACAUUUUGUAGACGCCAAAGAGCUGGUAAUUGUUUAAUAAUAUAUAUCUUCAGCAAAGUGACCGGCGAGGUAAUUGUUUAUCAAUAUACAAAGAUGUACGUUUCAUCAUCCAAAGUGUCUCUUGGUACUAAAGUGCCGAGUAACGAUAAGUAUUUGCUUAUACACCGUUAAGUUCGUUAGAACAAUUAUAAUUAUUAUUAUUUAUUACAGUUAUUUUUUUCUUUUAUUUUUAUGUUACCAACUUGAUAGUUAAUUGUAAACUAAUAUAAUUAAUGUGGCCAUUGUCAGUUUUGCAGUCAACCUUUUUCGUUUAAAAUUUUAAGUGUUUAGAUUAACUAUAUGAUCUCAAAGUGAUCAGUGUAUUUAUUGUUUACAAAUACUUGUCUUGUUGUCAAAUAGUGUACUUAACAUGCGUGGGCCUGUCGGGACAUGGUUCGCGGCUCGCCCGAGUAAAACCUUCAUCCAAAGAUAUUUCAUACAUUUUACAGUCUGAACUAAAAGAGGUUGUCUUUGAAACUUUACAAUAACUUGUUGCAAUGGACCUCCGUGACAUUGCGUGAAUUGUUCCACGCAUAGUAACGAUGUCCAUUAUAAGAAUUUUUCAAACCAUCGCAUCGUAAAAUAUUUGAAAUAUCUGUUCGUAAUAAACUUAACUUACUAUUGUGCUUGUUUUGUGUAAUAAAUGUAAACUCUUACCACAGUCAAAUAACAUUUUUUUUUACAAUUUAAACACAUCGAACACUGGCCCUUUAGUCAAAAAUUUUUGUUAGUAUAAGUAUUUAAUUAUAGAAAUAUUUUCGUAUGUAAGUUUUGGUAUAUCAUUCAUCUUCUUAAAAUAUGUUUCUAUUUAAAAUACUGUUCGUCACUAUUUAACUAAUAGUCACUGGCACAUUUUGAUUGUUUCAUAAUUUUGUAAUAUUUAUGGUUUAUAUUUGUAACGGAAAAAUACCGCGUCUGCUCAAUUCCGAAUCGAUAUCAAGUUAAGAUUAUAAGUGCGAUAACUAACUACCCUACUUUCAGCAACCAUUAUAAUUAUCUAUCUGAAUAAAACUAUCUGAUAAUCCGAUUUUGAAAGUAAUAUUGCUAUGUAUCAAAUUAAGAAGAGAACUUCAGAAAGGAACAUGAAACGACAUUACUUAACCUUGAAAUAGCAAUCGGGCUAGAAUGUUGGAAAUGUGGUUUCAGGUUUCAGUUGAUAAGAACCUGCUUUUAAACACAUUUAUAUAAAAAGGUGGAUCUAGUUUGUUAUCUGUCUCAAAAUACGCAUAUUAGGCCGUGUGAUCGCUGGCCCGUGAAUUACACCUACCCACAUGUCUAAGUACCAACUUACGAGUCUAUAGGUAAAUAGCCAGGAAAAGAACCAAGAGAUUGGUUUGACCUUUAAAAAAAUAUUAACGGUAUUUUUCCGUGACACUAACCAUCAAUAUAUAAAACUUACCUUCUAAUUAGCUAUUAAAUUAAGUAUUAAUUACAUUUAUUUCUUGAAUAUGACCACUUUUAUAAUUACGAAAACGCUCAAUAGGUGAAAAAAUAAGUAAACUUUUAUUUACCACUGGGGGAAAACUAGUUUAUUUAAUUUUUUCGUUUACGAAAAAUGUUUAAGUUUACAAUAUAACAAUUAUUUAUAAUUAUUUUUGUUAAUAACUUGUGCCAAUACGUUUGUUUCAAAAAAGCUACGACCAAUCUUAAGUCUAAAGAAUGUGGAUUUUUUUAGAUGUAAUUAGUGAUGUACAAAGUCAGUCUUGCAUCAAGACGAAGUUAGCAAGACGAGAGACAAGGCGGAAAUAUAUUAUCUAUUUAUUUGUAGAUACAGACGAGACUACUUUUAUAUAGUUUUUUCGUAUUUAGAUGUCCUUGCUUUGCGCAUCACUAAUCAUGAUUUAUCUUCUAAAAGAACUGAUGUAGAGAGAGCAUCAUUAUUAUAAUAACUUAAUUAAAUUUAGUUGAGUAUUAUUACUAUAUUUAAAAAAAGUUUAUCAAGAUGGGUCUAUAUUUAGUUUUAAUUUUAGUCAACGUUUUUGAUGUCUAAUGAAAGACAAAAUCUAGACUGAAUAAGUUUCCUUUUUAGGUGUUACAGCGAUACAAUUUUUGUCUUGUGAUUCCUUUUAGUAAGUUCAUUAGUCGACACUGUAAACAUCUUUUUUCAUCGUCUUGCAAUUAUUAUUUUCUUGUUGUUAAGGUAAAUAAAUUAUUAUAAAGGCAUGUACGUAUUGUUAAAAAAUGGAACAUUGGGAAUAUUGAAAAUAGUGUAAGUGGAGCUGAUAUCCUGGACACGACCACUCGUAUAGCCUCUUACAGGUGCGUGAAUGUUACUGCGGGAUCUGUCGCACCGGCAGUGCCGGCGAUCUGUCUGAACCAGUCUGUAACGACUGCCAGAGGAUAUCGAGAGGAUCGCUCGCACCUCGCUCGGUGUGGGCGGCCUCGCAGUAACAUACAGGAACCUCCAACACGUGUGAUCUAGAUAGACGUCAAAAUAUUGUGAAUAGAAUUUUUUACCUACAAUUUUCUAGGUGUUUGACGGGGAACCUUAUUGUUGCUAUUGCCUAAGUUUUCACCACCAAAUGAUUGGAAGAGCGUAUAGAGAAAACUUGAGGCAUUUUCAUUUGAGAGAAAGGUAUUUUCGGGUGACCGCUCGGUUGCCAAAAGCUUGCUUCUAUCGACGAAUUCGAACCAAUUCGUGGCGAUCGAACAAUAAUCGAUAUAAAAUCAUUUAUUUGUAACUUUUGAGAUGCAUUCUUUUGAAAUGACAUUAGCGUACAGUUGGUUCGAAUGUCGGUAUAUCUUGUCGAUGAGUUAGUAUGUCGUCAGGAGCCUGCAUUGUUACCGAUGAAAUGCCAUAAGCUUAAUUUUCAAGCUCAAUGUUUUUCCUAAGCAUUUUAUAUCAAUGUCGCCUUGGAUGCUUAUAAAUAUUGUUUACCUAUUAAACUUAGUAUGUAAAACCAGAAAAUGUAAAAAAAUAAUAUUUUUAUGACUUUUUUGCUGAGACGAUCUUUUAGCAAAUAUCCUCCAUAAAAAAAAAACAGUCAUUUUAUUGACACAAGGUUUUCUUGAAAACUGAGGAUUGAAAUACCCGAUGCGUCUCUAUUACAUGCAUUAUAUAUGCCCAGAUUCUUAAUUGAGCUUUGGACUAUUAUUUUUGAUGAUUAGAUAAUUAAAUUACACCAAUUAAUUUACGAGUUGGCCGACUUUUGAAGACUACCUAAGUACACCUAUGACUGUACAACAAUUGACUUGACUUUUCUUUUCUUUGGAUUGGACAUAUUUAUUAAUUUUCUUUAUUUUUAAAACAGCUGAAUAAAACAGACUUGACUGAUAACAUCCUGAGUCUUAUACAACGGAUUAGAUCAAUGACAAUCAUAACGACGUUUUACAUUAAAAAAUACAGAAUCUGGGUGUGCUAUGCAAUUUUUUUUUAUUAUUUAUUAUUAUUUUUCAAAAGGCAAAGUAUAGCUUGAUAGGAUUUAUCGAGUCACGGUAUGUAAACAAGCAUAUCUAAAAUGAAGCAAGAAAAUAAAAAUUAUUUUUACAUUCUCGAGGCACCACACUAGAUAUACAAUUGGUAUGAAAAAUUAUAAAAGAACUGUUUUAUACAAACACCCGUUUUGUUGAUAUGAAUGUAAAUAAAUGUCAAGUUAAAAAAAAA